AUGGUUCCUUCUGAUUUCUCCUGGUUGCCCAAAACCCCAAUUCCUUCUUCUCAAAUCCCAGCGAAAUCCCAUCAAUCCCCACAACUUAUGCUUGUAAAAUGGUGCCGUCUAACUUCUCAAAGAAGAAUCUUUCUCUGUUCCGCCAUUAGAGCUUCGAACGCAAGCGCUGCUGCCGAGUCUUCUUCUUCUUCUCUGAGACUCUACUCGGCCAAGCAAUUUGAGCUCAUAGUUCCCAACAUUGACUUGGUUCUCGAGGACAUCGGCCCGUAUCUCAUCAACGAUGGUGGAAACGUCGACGUUGUGUCCGUAGAAGACGACGUCGUUUCUCUGAAGCUCCAAGGGGCUUGUGGAAGCUGUCCUAGCUCAACAACCACCAUGAAAAUGGGGAUUGAACAAGUGCUUAAAGAAAAGUUUGGAGAUGCACUCAAGGAUAUUCAACAAGUCUUUGAUGAAGAAAACAGAGAGACCAUAAUUGAGCUUCCGGGACUUCUCCCUUUGUCCACUGAGUUGGUGCCAACUAUCAUGAACAUGAUGAAGAGAUUACCGGAUGAAGGGGAAGCAGCUACUGUGGAUAACAAUCCUCAACCUGCAGUAGCAUCAAAAGGCAUAAGCAAUGAAGCAAAUGAUCCUAAUGCUGAGUUUCAGCCAAGUCCAUUUUUCACUGAGCAGUUGACUGCUUUUGAGGUAUGGCCUGACCACGGGUCUGAACACAAGAAACCACCAGAGCAGUUGCCUAUUGUUCUUCAGAUCUUAGUCAAUGCUAUCGGUUUCGAGCUCUGGUUGUCCUCGGGAGAUUCCUUGAUAUGGGACCCUGGGCUGUAG